AUGCCCCGGCGGUGCGCGCGCACCAUCGUACGCGCGUGCUGCGUGACAGCCACCUACAUACCGCUGAUGUUUGUCUACGGGCUGACGACAUGGGCGGUAUGGGUCGUCGUCGAGAUAGGCUCAGUUGCCCCCGAGGGCAGCUGGCUAGGAAGCGCAUCAUCCGCAGGCGGCGUCGUCAUCUACCUGCUGUUGAACUGGUCCUACACGACGGCCGUCUUUACCGAUCCCGGGUCGACAACCAACCGCGACGGCUACGGCCUGCUGCCGACAACGACGCAGAACCACCACCCUCGGACGACAUCCUUCACCGUCAAGAGCAACGGCGAAGUGCGCUUCUGCAAAAAAUGCCAGGCGCGGAAGCCCGACCGCGCACACCACUGCUCCACGUGCCGCCGGUGCGUGCUCAAGAUGGACCACCACUGUCCGUGGCUGGCGACGUGCCUGGGGCUCCGGAACUACAAGGCGUUUCUGCUGUUUCUGAUGUACACGACGACGCUGUGCCUUUACGCGUUCGCCGUAAGCGGCACGUGGGUGUGGUCCGAGGUUGUGCAAGAAAACGUGGGGAGGCUGGACGCGCUACUGCCCGUCAACUUUAUAGUGCUGAGCAUCGUCAGCGGCAUCGUCGGCGUCGUGGUGGGCGUCUUCACGGGGUGGCACGUCGUGCUCGCGCUGAGGGGACAGACGACGAUCGAGUGCCUGGAGAAGACGAGAUACCUGUCGCCGCUGAAGCAGCCGUACCGCGCGGCGCACAAUCCCGCGAACCGGCUCCCGCAGGCGGCGCAGCAGUUUGUGGACUUUCACACAAACGCCCUGCCGGGGAUCACGAGGCCCGAGGAAGGCGAGGAGCGCAGGCCGAGCAACGACCACGACCACGACCACGACCACCCCGCGCGGCCGGUGCAGCUGUCGUACGACGAACACGAGAGGUUGCAGUCCAGGCGGCGGCACGAAGAGUACCUCGACGCGCAGGACUCGGCCAAGCUCCCGAGCGCGUUUGACCUCGGGUGGAGGAGGAACCUGCAGCACCUGCUGGGGCCCUCUCCCUGGCUCUGGGCCGUGCCGAUAUGCAACACGACGGGCGACGGGUGGUCGUGGGAGGCGAGCCCCGAGUGGCUCGAGGCGCGGGACCGCAUCAAGCGCGAGCGCGAGGAGCAGCGCGCAAGGGAGAUGAGCGCCGGCUGGGGCGGGCACGACGACGCCGCGGGUUGGGUACGGGCGGGCAACGCAGGUUCCUCGCGCGGGCACCGAGACGGGCCGACGGCACGGGCGCGGCCCAGCAAGGCAGACCUCGUGCUGGGGCGCGACCCGAACCUGUACGCCGACGGGUCGCAGGGCAUGCGCAUGCAGCGCCUCUCGACCCGCGGCAAGUCCGUGGAGGACGAGCUCCUGGACACGGACGACGAGGACGACGAGGACGGCGCCGAGACCAGAGACGACUCCUCGGAGCGACGGGCAUCCGGGCCCGUCAGCAACGGCCAGUCGUGGACGCGGGGCGGCGCAAGCGGCGUGCUGCGACAGGCCGCGCCCGGCGGGGCUCCCGGCGGCGCGCGUCCCGUCGACGACCAAGGCGUAGACUAA